CGAAUCACUCUCUUUUCUCUCAGGCACGACCUGGGUUUCCUAUAUUUUGGAUCUGCUCUACUUUGGGAACAAGGAACCAGAGCUUCAGACCUCACAGCCAAUCUACAUGCGCGUACCUUUCCUAGAGAUGACCAUCCCUCAGCUGCCAACAGGGGUGGAGCUGGCAGACAGGUUGUCCACUUCUCCACGACUCAUCAAAACUCAUCUUCCUGUUCAGUUGAUACCAAAGUCUUUCUGGGAACAGAACUGCAGGGUUGUCUAUGUAGCUCGUAAUGCCAAGGACAACGCCGUGUCUUAUUUUCACUUUGAGCGGAUGAACUUCAUACAGCCUGAUCCUGUAGACUGGAACAAUUUUCUGCAGAUGUUCAUGGAUGGAAAGAAGGUUUUUGGUCCUUGGUAUGAUCAUGUGUGUGGAUACUGGGAGAAGAAGCAGACCUACUCAAAUAUUCACUAUAUGUUCUUUGAGGACAUGGUGGAGGAUACUGGACGUGAGGUGGCACGUUUGUGCUCCUUCCUUGGUUUAUCUAUACCAACAGAAGUCAGAGAGAAAAUUACAAAAGAUGUUCACUUCGACAACAUGAAGCAGAACACAAUGACCAACUACUCCACAAUCCCUAUUAUGGAUUUCAAGAUCUCACCAUUCAUGCGAAAAGGGAAAGUCGGGGACUGGAAAAAUCAUUUCACUGCCACUCAGAACGACCAGUUUGAUGAACACUACAAACAGAAGAUGAAGAACAUCACCCUUCAGCUCAGAACAGAGAUUUGAUCCCUCAUGAUUUUUUUGUUCUUUGCAUUGUAUAUAUUCAUGAUGAAUGGGACCAAAAUGAGUUAAAAUAAUAAAAUAAAAUCUUAUGUUGACCUCCA